AUGGUCUCUCGCAACCCACAUGCCAUGCUGACCGUAAUGGUAGAAGUGGAGUCGGGGAAGGGAUCAGGCCCUGUGGAUACCUGUAGCCCCACACUCCUGGUGGAGCCCACAAAUAUCCGUUUGCUUCAGCUUGGGACUCUGGAGACUCAGGAGGCAGAGCAGGAGCUGCUGGCACGUGUCCAAUCCACACUGGGCUCUGUGGGCCGAGGAUACAGUGUGGCCCUGUUGCUCCGAGGCAGGGAAACAGAGGCACCUCGACUCGUGCCUCAGCUGCUGCAGAUGCUGUUUGAGGAAGCUCUGCCCCAAAGCUGUUCUGAUCCUGUGCUUAGCACUCUUAGCCUGGUGCAGGUGAGACCCUUAGGAAGAACCCGGGACCUGCUCUCUCCAGGGGUGGAGAACCUGUCAGUGCUGGUUGUGGCCCCUCUGGGCUUGGUGGUAGAAGAUGCCACUGAAGUGGAGGUGUCUGACUUAAGAGCUGCCUCAGAGCUGUACUUGCAGGCCACAGCAGGUGAAGGCAGAGACUGCACCCUGCUGCGGGUAUUGGCUGGUAAAGUUGUUGGUGAGGAGGCGGAGGGCUCUUUGCCCUGGAUUGUCUCACGCCUCUUGGAAGGAAACAACUACAGUGGCCUGCUUCUUCGUCUGGACCCUCAAGGUAGCUCCCUGAGUUUGCUCCAGGCUGCUCUGUUGGGGGCCUCAGGAAGAAGGAUGCAGGUGAGACAGGUGAGGCCCACCCUGUGGGAUGCAGUAGAAGAGGCUCGGGCCCGCCGGGCUGGUCUGAGGCCCCUGCGUUUAAGCCUCCUUGGGGACACCCUGACGGACAGUGGACUAAGCCAGUUGGGCAGGGUGGUAAAAGCGUGGAGCCAGUGCCCAAAAAGCCAGAUGCCCAAAGGAGCCAGAAGUGAGGCGGUGGGGCUUCCAGAACCACAGGUGACAGAUUCACCAGCAAGCCAGAGCCCAUGCCUUGAGGGAGAGCCCCAGGGAACAAUGGCAUCCCUAAGGCAUGAGCUCCACCAAAAGAAUCCUCUCAGGCACCCUAAGGAACAGCAGGUACCAGAUGUGGCCCUGCAGUUCUUCUUGGCCCAGGCCCGGAGGCAGAGACUGAGGGAGCAGCACCAAAUUUGGAUUCGAGAGAAGCUGAAGCAUUUGGAACAUAAAGAGGAGGUGGCAGAUGACCAGGUCAAAGGCCUGGUGGCUGAAGAGAAGGCCUGCGAGGAGAGGCAGAGAUGGCAGCAGGAACAGAUGGUGCUGAGAUUCCAGCUGCAGGCCCUUCACAAAGAGCGGGACAUGGCAGAGAAGGACCUGGCAGCCCUCUAUGACCUGCAUGUGCAGGCCACCCGAGCUCGAACACACCAUGUGCUGCGGGUAUUCCAAGCCUGGCAGGGCCUGUGGGAGAGGCGGGCCAUGACCACAGAGCAUCGUCACCGCAGCCUGCUGGCUGGCAUCCUGGAAGAUACCAUCAACCUGGCCACACAGAAUCAGGAGCUCCAAGCUCAGAACCAGCAGCUUCAGCAGGGUGCAGACUAGGCUGGGGGCAGUCAUGCUGGACCUCUGCCCUGGGGAGAAAUCUGA